UGGAAUUGCAGAAGGGGUGUGAACCUGUUUGGUCCUUUAGUACCACAGAAAUUCUUCAGCAAGUAAACUGUCCAAACCUGUUAGAGCAGGUCGAGUACAGUAAGAGGAGGUGUAGAGUCGGAUUUGAUGCUUCAGCUUAUGCGAUUGAAUGACUGAUUGAAUGACUGUGAUUUCAGCGUUAAACAUCUUCAUCGAGUUGAAUCUGCACGUGAUGUUAGCCAUUUAAAGGGAACGAUGCGCUUCUGUUAAAGACUCACACUGGUUUACCUAAGAUUUGCUCAGCAGACUGUAGAGAUGCAUCAAGGGCGUCUACGGUUGCGACCGUGGCUAGAGGAGCAGAUCGAGUCUGGCAGAUAUCCUGGAGUCGUGUGGUUAGAUCAGUCUGCCAGAGUUUUCCAGAUUCCCUGGAAACACGCAGCUCGACACGGCUGGAAUAUUGAGACAGAUGCCACUCUGUUCCGAAACUGGGCCAUCCACACAGGGAGAUACAAGCCUGGCACAGACAAACCUGAUCCCAAAACAUGGAAAGCAAACUUUCGCUGUGCCCUCAACUCCCUGCCGGAUGUCAAAGAACUUCAGGAUAGAAGCAUUAAGAAAGGUCACAAUGCUUUCAGGGUUUACGCUCUACUGCCGCACACUAAAUCACUCAAGAGACGUAGAGCAUUGAGGAGCGUGGAUACAGAUACACCUCCAAAAAACACAGCGUUGGAGAGAUUUACAGAGACCUUCUGGAAGUUUACAGAUAAUGGAGGAAGCUCCACAGCUGAAGCCCUCAGAAGAGAUGAUCUGUCCAGAUGUAUUGAGCAGGAGAAGACCUCCAUCUACUCCAGAUCUUCAGCCAUCAGCAACACAGCUCACGGACUGCAGCUGACUACUACAGAUGAGAAUGAACAGACAGAAGCUGUGCUGAAGAUUGUGGAUCACCUAAAAAAUCUGGAUCACUGGAGCCCUUUAUGUGAGAGCGAUAGAUGCUGGAGACCACCAAACCCAACAUGGACAGAGUGUCUAUGUGAGACGAUGGACUUUUCUGGUUAUCCCUACCAGACAGACUGUAAGCUUCACAGUACCUCUUCAGAUCAAUAUGACUAGAGAACGAAAUCACUUGACAUAAAGUUUUAAGACAAUUGAAAACAAAGACAGAAAAG